AUGCCAAAUCGUAGCGCAGCAUUUUUUGGCUAUUAUGCACCCACAUUUACUAAUACCGGAAAUACACGUGGUUAUCCGCCUGACUUACCACCGCAACAGUCACAUGCUCCUCGCGAAGUGAAUGUACCGUCAAGCACGAUUCCUAGUGUUCCAUCAACAGCUAAGGGCACUGGAGGAAGCUCUACGUGUGUAUCAGCAGUAAAGUUGUUUCUAGUUGCAUUACUCGGUGGGGUUAUGGCUGCACUAGUUACCAUUCCACUCACAAUUGCUCUUACCCGUUCCACUGAUACAACAACGACGUGUACAACAUUGAUGACAACAACAGUUACAACAACGACCGUGACCACAACAACAACGACGACGACGUCGACAACAACAUCAACAUCAACAACAUCAACAACGACGACUACAAGUACAACGACGACAACAACAACGACGACUACAACAACAACUGUAACCACAACUACAACAACCACAACUAAAACAACGACAACGACAACAAGCACCACCACAAGCACAACUACUACAACUACGACUCAAUCAACAGCAUGUACAUUUCCAUGUCAAUGUGCAGGUGUUGCAUCAUGGUCCCUGUGGCAAAUAUAUUCAAGCGACACAAUUACAAUAACCAUCAGUACAUCGUCUUGUAAUUUUACUCGAACCCCUCUAUAUUUCACCAGUAUUGCCGGUACUAGUUCACACUAUGGUUUAAUAGGCUAUGAUUCCAUUUAUUCACCUUCACCGAACUCUUUUACAAUAUACGCGCGUAAUUCGCUUAGUUGGACGUCAUCUACAAUGAUGACUUCUGCUCAGUCUUACUCGUGGGAUGUAAACUGGUUUGGCAUAUACUAUUAA